GAUAAUAUUUAGUCUGCCAGUGCGAUUUGUGAGUGGGCUUAAAUGUACGCUAAUAUCAUAGUGUGUGUACUUGCAAACAUCACUUCUAAAUGCUUCUAUGACAACGGCUUUUAACAACAAAGGCAUUUGUAGAGUUUGCUGCCCACACUCAACACACGCUGAAUCCAACCUCCUAAAAAAUAAGGUAAAAAGACGAGCCGUUUUGUAGGCAGCGAGCAAGCGAACGCUGAUUUACAGUAGACAGCUUUCUAAUCUAGCAGGGAGUCGUAAAAUUAGGGAAACAGCCUAUACAAAUCCUACGGUAGCUGGACUAUUUUACUUGCUGUUUAUGUAGGUUAAAUGUGGGUUUGGCAUGUUUGACUAUUAUCGUUUUAACUGCAAUACGUUUUCACUGAUUUUAUGUUAAUUGAAAACGAGCAAAUAUAUUUCCUUCUCAUUUGAACUUGAACUUUUAAAAUGAGGUGCGCAGUUUUACGACGAUGUCCCGGCAACGGAUGUGGUCUCACCAAUUAAUGGAUGUGCGGAAGAGGGCGCCGGUGCAUCAUUGCAGCAAGAAAGAAAUGGAAAAGAACAGAGAGCAGGAACGACUAGGCCGCAUAAAUGCCGUUGAAGCCAGGGACCGCCUCCGUCAGAUGAGACUGCAGUACAACCAUUUGAGGGCCCAGGAGAUCGAUCUAAUUAUUUCCUGCCAGGACAGUGCUAUGGACGCCAUCCGCCUGGAGCUGCUGCUGCGGCCUAAGGAAGAGAAGAUCAACACUAUUGACUGCCUGGACAAACUGCAGAAACAGAGGAUAAAAAAGCUUCUGGAGGAUGAGAUAGGAGUGACUGACUGGCAGUGACCUGCUGCAUGGUUCCAUGAAGUGUGUUCUUUUUUGUAGCUGUGACAUUUCCACUUCCUCCACUCCAGUCCCUCCACUUUCUCGCUUUUAUUUACAAAUCUUCAUGUACCCCAUUACCUCAUCCACUCCUCUCCUCUCCUCCUCCAUUUCCACCUAUUCUAUGCCAUUUCUCCAUCCCUCCAUUCCCUCUCCCCCAGUUUGGUUGCUGUGUAACAAUUGCCCUUCAUAUGGGAGGGUGACUCACUGUUCCCAGAGAGGACGAAGGCCUGGCCAGGACAGCCUCAAACUCACUUAGCUCACAUUAGCUCUAACAGCACUGGGAUUAACUGUGUCAAACACGUAGAUAAAACAUUGUUCUCCGUCCGGAAGUCUAAAAUAAAGUAGAGGAUAGCACCAAUCAUCCAUAUUCCCCUGUAUGACUUUGGUGAGAGGAGGCAAUGGGUACGGAUGUCUCUCUGAACCUGAAUUCCUGAACCGUGCGUGUGUUUGUGUGUGAGUGUGCGUGUGUUUGUGUGUGUGUAUAUGUA